ACAGUUCUAUUUCCUCAAUUUGAGCGUCUGAAAUCGCUGCACCGGCACCAGUUCAUUCCAUCGUGCUUAGACGAUGCGUGUCGACGAUGGCUGAACCCGGAGUUCUGUCGAGGCAAAAGCGUGGCCUGUGUGUUCGGGUUUCUCUGCAGACAGGGACGCGCUUAUUAUUCUUGGGCUCUUCCGCGAUGCAUGACAGUGCAUCACGAUCGAUGGCCGGCUUUUGAGAGCACGGAACCAUCAAGAGCUGGUUGUCGUGGGGGUAACGCGGGUUCUUAAUUUCGGAGUACCGAGUGAAGGAGCCUCUAGCACGAGAGAGAGAGAGAGAGAGAGAGAGAGAGAGAGGACGCUUGGCGAGGAGGAAAUUGUCGACGGAUUCUUUUCGCCACUGGAUCGAAUGCUUCGAAUAUGGAGAAAUCACCUGCUCUUUCAGAAAACAGAAAAGGCUCCACUUGUCGCCACUGCGGGAAACCUGUUUUUCUUCACUUCGACUCUCCCGGAAGAUUGACCACGACCUUAGGGACAUGUAUUCCCUCGUGCCACCUUGUCUCUUGAGUCGGCAGUUGACACAGAAAGUCGAGCAGUGGUGUGGAAGGUCUUCAACAAUCCUCUUUAGCAGACUAACGGCGAUGAGGGAUUCAUGCGAUAUUCGUCACUAUUCAGGUCUGGCUUGAUCAUAGUUUGUUAAUAUUGGCAAUAUUGUGUUCCAGUUGUUCGUUAUUUCUGCAAGUUUUCGAGUGAGAGCUGCGAUGGAGCUCUAUUGCUCUUGCCGCUGUCUAGGUUUUGUACAUACACAUCCUCACCGCCAUCUCCGCCAGUCUGGAACAGCUGCGAUGGAUCUCACCUAGAUAUGCUGGCUUCGGUGGAAUGUUUCUUUUCAUGACAGAAAAUCACGUAGCUUAAUGAGACAUUAAUUCAUGGAAUUUAGCGAUGUGAAUCCUGUUUUACUAAGCCCUGAAAGUAUGAAACCCAACGAUAGUGAAGAGAAGGAAUUUUACGGCACGGUGAGUAAACAUGACCAAGAAUUUUUCUUAGAAAAUCCCAAAAUUGCCAGGGUGGAUCCAAUUGAUGUGUAAAGUAUGAUAAUUUCACAGUCCCACAUGCUACUUGGGACUUACAAGCAGGUACUGUUCCUGAGCAGUACCUGCGUGGGCAAAAGCUGAACUGCAUUUGCCCAACGAUAUAACUCAAAGGGUGAAACAUUGAUCACAAUUCAGGUUCACGAGUAAGAGUUUCUUCAAAGUAUAAUGUUUCAACCUAAAUGAAUAUUGGCAAUUUUAGCAAUAGUUGUCUAUUCCAAUUCAUCUGAGAUGUAUCCUUGUGGACAGACAACCAGCAAGUUUGUUUC